GGCGGCUGGUUUGACGAUCUUUGGGGUCAGAUCCAAAAUGUAGCCAACGAUGUCGGUAGCUCCGUACAAGGUGCCGGACAAGCUGCUGGAAACUGGGUGAACGAGGCCAAAAACAACACUGAAAACUUUUUUAACAACGAGGUGAAGCCGAAGGUCGGCAACAUGACGGAGAACGCCAAAGACUGGGUGGAAAACCAGGGGAUGCCGGCCGUGAAGGGAGCGUGGAAUGAUACGAGCAACUGGUUCGAGCAGGCCGGGCAGGCGGUUGGCCAGGAGGUGAACAACGGCGUCAACGCGGUCAAGCAGGUCGUG